CAGGAGGGUAUUUAAGACCCUGGAGCGCCUGGACCGGGACAGUUGAUUUGGCCCCUGCUCUGGAUGCAAGUGCUCAGCGAGCCCGCCAACCUCGCCUCUCCUCCCCCCUCUUCCUCCUCCGGGCCCUCUGCCCCCACGCUGUCCCCGCGGCUGCCUUGGCUGCUUCUGCGGCUCCUCCUGCGUCGCGGAGCCAUGAAGCGGGACGUCCUCUCCAAGCAGCAGCAGCAUCCUUCCUCCGCCUCCGGAGCGGAGCAUCUCGACGAGGGCCAGGGGCAGCCGCCCGCCUCUCCGCUCUGGGUCUUCGGCUACGGCUCGCUCGUCUGGAGACCCGGCUUCGAGUUCGCCUCCCGCAAAGUGGGCUACAUCCGGGGCUACAGCCGCCGCUUCUGGCAAGGAGACACCUUCCACCGGGGCAGCGAGAAGAUGCCCGGGCGAGUGGUCACCCUCCAAGAAGAUUACAAUGGGUGCACAUGGGGUGUUGCCUAUGAGCUCCGUGGAGACCAAGUUGCUGCUUCUCUCAAGUAUCUGAAUGUGCGGGAAGCGGUGCUGGGAGGCUACGUCACCAAGCUGGUGAAGUUCUACCCGCAAGAGGAAGAGUCAGAGGAGCCCAUCCUGGCCCUGGUUUACAUUGCUACCCCCCAGAAUCCGUCCUACCUGGGGCCGGCCUCUGAAGAGGACAUAGCUGCUCAAAUCAUUGUCUCCAGUGGCCGCGCUGGCCACAAUAUUGAGUACCUGCUUCAGCUGGCAGACUUCAUGCGCUACUGCUGCCCGCAGGUGGAGGAUGAACACUUGUUCUCAAUCGAGGAGGCGCUGAUCUCAAUCCUGCCCUGCCUGUACCAAGGUGAAGAGACUAUAGUACAAGAAUGAAUGUGACUUAUGCCAGCCCAAAGGAACUGGUAGAGGACUUUUUAACCAAGGACGCUGACUGCAACACACACACACCUAAUGCAAUUCAAGUCAAUAAAGCCAGUGGGUAAAAUAGCUGGGGUGGAGAAGGAGGGUGACAUGGUUUCAUACUUACUGUUGUAAUGAUCUCAGAGUGGCAAUAGGUUUGUUGUCUUGAGGGGAGAAUGGAGCAAACCACUAUCACUCAGCCAUGUUUGGGCUGCAAAACCGACUAAAAUAUUAUUUUAAGCUUACACCCACACUCCUAGAUGUAAAUCUCACUGAAUAAACUGGGAUUUACAUCUGAGGAGUCAUCCCAGACUGAAUUUACUUUUGUAUGACCUAUAAAUCCCAGAAUCUCCCAAUCUGCAUGGAGAGUCCAAUUGUGGAUUUUAAAAGUCUAAGUUAAACAGUGUUCUUUGUAAAGGGGCUGAAGCUACAAUAUACUUUCCUUACAGUAUUUUAAACAUGCCUCCAACUGUAGCAAAGAUGUGGCUGCAAUAGUGAAAGCUUUGCUCUACCUCACAAACUGCAACUGUGGGGGUGAGAGUAUUUGCAGGUCGAAGGAGUCAAGUCUUUUUCUCCAACCUCCACGGAAGUGACUCGUGUACGCCGGGGUUUCCAGUGCAAUAUGAAUUCGCCUUGCCUUCUGUAGGCUCUCUGACAGGGCCAAAUUCCCAUAGACUUGUCUUAAGUGAACAUUUAAUGCACUACUUUUUAUAAAUAUGUAUAAAACUUGAUAAUGUAUUUAUUCUACUGAACACAUGUAUUCCACAAAGAGAAAGUGCCCAAGUUGUUUGUGUCCUAGUGGACUCCCUGCAGCGCAGGGAGUGUUUCAAGACUGUGAUGAAGUUGUGGCCUUCUGGUUUUAGAAUGGCUUUUCUGCCUUAGAAAAAGGAGUAGCUGCUCCUGCUCUGGGCUCUCAAGGCAGCUUUCCUGCAAAUAGUAUCUCUUAUGUCCUAUGUGCUGUAUAAUACAGUUGUUUCAAUUACACUA